GAUGUUCGAUUUCUAAUUCUAAUGAUCUGUUAUCCACUAGGACAUCGAGGCGAGGAAGGAUGUCCAGAAAGAGAAGGACGUUGAUGAGCAGGAGGCCAACGCCUCCACCAUGCUGCGCUGCCGCACCACCCUGGACAAAGACCUCAUCAACACCGGGAUAUACGAGUCCGCUGGGAAACAGAGCCUGCCCCUGGUCCAGCUCGUACAGCAGCUACUGAGGAACAUAGCCUCCCAGACCAUCGGCAGACUGAAGGACGCGGCCAGGAGGAUAUCUAGCGGUGUGGACGCGGAGCACGUCAGUAAAGAGCGCUCGGCCUCCCUGGACCUGCUGCUACGUUUCCAGAGGCUGCUGGUCAGCAAACUCUACCUGGGGGUCAAYGGCACCGAAAACACCAACGGACACAAGCUCGUCCCCUCCCUCUCCGGAGGCUCUACCCCCCCCUCCUCCCCAGGAGGCUCUGACCCCCCUCUCGGGAGCUCUUCUGAGCCGGGCCAGGCCAGGUCUUCGUUGUCGUCCCUCUCGUGUCCAGGCCGCCAAGGGUGGUUUUAA